AUGUCGAAUGGUCUCACAAAUGCUACUGGUAUUCCGUCAAAUGCGAUUCAAGUUCCUGUGCAGCACCUGAAGAAUUCUUUAACCCACAUAAUUGAUUUGCUUUCAAGUCGGAUAGAAGGCCGCAACAAUGUAGACUUUUAUGACUCACUGGAUAUAUCUUAUUCUGCACCGCUGGAUCUUUCACAAACAGGACGAGGUCGUAAACGCUAUGAAAUAACUAAGGACCAACUCGAACACUUACGAUCGCUUUAUUUUUCUUUGGAAGCAAUUGCUGGCAUUCUUCAGGUUAGUCUUUCAACCCUUCAGCGGCGACGAAGAGAACUCGGUGUGAACACCCCAGCCUAUUCAGAAAUAUCAGAUGACGAACUGGAUGAAAUUUACAGAAGCGUAACUGGCAGUUCAAGCACGGGACCCCUUACCCCCAACAUUGGUAGGAGGCGAUUUAUAGGAGCCCUGAGGAGUAGAGGCUGGAGCAUUCAAAGAUGGAGAGUAAGUGAUUGUUUAAGACGUAAUAUUAUGUACCAACCCCUAACAGCUUAUGGCAUAUAGAUUCGGGCCACAAAUUAAUAAGGUACAAGUUGAUAACACACGUCUGUAUUGAUGGGAAAACAAGGUUAAUUUUGUAUGCUGCUUGCAGAGACAAUAACAAAGCAGAAACAGUCCUUUCUUUGUUUCAAAAUGCGGUGCAGAAAUGGGGGUUACUCUCACGCGUCCGAUGUGACUACGGUAUGGAGAAUUAUCAUGUUGGCGCCUACAUGAUACAGCACCGCGGACCAGGCAGAGGCAGCAUGAUUACUGGAUCAUCUGUCCAUAACUCUCGAGUUGAGAGAACACAUCGUGAUGCCUAUUCUGGGGUGUUAGCAUUCUAUUCCCGUGUUUUUCAACCACUGGAAGAUGAAGGCAACCUAGAUGUCCUAAAUGAUGUUCAUAUCUUCAGCUUACAUCACAUCUACAUUCCAAGAAUACAAAAUUCUCUAGAGGAGCUUGUCAGUCAAAUGAAUAAUCGGCCAGUAUCAACUGAACGAAACCAUUCACCACUUCAAAUGUGGGAGAGGGGUAUGUGA